AUGCCCGGCGAAGGGCCUCCUCUUUUGGACGAGACAUGGUUGAAGGUGCUGUCUUUCUUUUCUCCAGCUGACCUUUGCCGGGUCGCCCCAGCCCAAAGCAAGCUCCAGUCCCUGACGAACGACGAGGACACCUGGAAGAGCCUGUGCCAAGAUCGUUGGCGCGGCAAGCAGUGGAUGAAGCCAGGGGAGCUCUUUCGAAACGGCAACUCGGAAGAAAGAACGGUUGACGCCAUGGGGUCGCUUUUUGAGAGACUAUGGCCAGAUGCGCAUUGGUGGCUUCGUGUUUGUCACUUGGAGCAUCUUGUGGAAUUCAGCUUCCUCCGGCUUAUGCUUUUCAUCGGCAGUGUCAUAUCGGGAGUUUUUGGGCUGACCUGGCUCCUGGAUGUCAUGGAGCUGCGAUGCUUCGAGAACAAGCCGUGGACCCAAGAGGGUGCAGGCAAGUAUACCUGUUCGGUAAAGUUUCUGGGCGGCUUGACGAUGUUGAUGAUGUUUUGGCACUCCGUCAUGGCAUUGAUUCACUUUGACAAGAAUCUUGAUCGGUUAAAGCAGGACAGGAAGCAGUGCAUUGACGACAUGAACAGCCAGAUCGGCGUUGCCCUGACCCACGCAACAUCUCAGGCCAAGCGGCUAUGCGAGCUGCUUGAGAUUCAGCUCGUGCAGCAGGUACGUGGCCACAUACACAAGAUGCGCAACAUCCUCCAGAAAUGCGAGCAGUUCUGCACGGAGGAAUUCAGCAAUCUUGUUGAGCUGAUGGCCAACCAUCUCCACUGUCUGCGCAAGCCGGCAAUGAAGAAGUUCGAGAAGCUGGUCCUGGCAUUCAACCAAGAAGCCGUCUUCUACGAUUUGACUCAGACACUGAGGCAACAGAAACAAACUAGCAUGGUGAAGCUCCUCACGAUACAAAGCGAGCAUGCCAGGGGCUUGCAGUUACCCCGGACAAAGACGGCCCAUGAUCCAGAAGCGGCCCGGCCGCUGCUGGAUCAGGACCAACAGCUCGCUCAGGGAAUUGAAUCCUGGUGCAGCUCCAUCUCCAGAGGUUACAGAAAGAAGAGACGAACGUCUAAGACACCUUUCACAUCAAGCCUCGCGCAAGUCGCCUUUUCGCAUGACGAGAAGCUAAAAGAGCUGCUGCAGGAGCCGACUGAGGAGGACAUGAAAAGCAAGCCAGAGGCGGUCCUCCUGCGACCAGUGUCGCUGGUUCUGAACUACUUCGAGAAGAUCCAGCCGUUUGUGCACGGAGAGCCACUCCAUGCCGAGGACGAAGAGGUGACCAUCGGAACUCCGUCCCAAGAGGAGAACCCCUACAUCAAGCAGGCCAACAAGGUAUACGUACAUUUGACCGACUCGCCCUUAUAUGUCAGUGUCCUUGUCGGUGUUGUCUGCAGCGUGGCCCUCCUCCUGUUCCACUUCCACAUGGCAGUCGUCGUGCUCCACGUGAUCCGAACAGGCGAUCACUGCUCUUCUUUGGGCAUGUGGUCCUGCUCGAUGGAGCUUGUUCGGGUCAUUACUGUGAUGAUUGGGAUGUUGUGCCACACAGUCUCCCUUCUGGUCAUUCUCUGGAACGUCGAUAAGCUGGAUCAGGUGCUUGAGUUGACUGAGGACAUCAAGGAGUUCAAGAAAACCAAGGACCAGAUCGAGAGCUUGAACAAGAACGACCUGGCAGACAAGGAUUUGGACAUGAAAACGCUCGAGGAUGCGCAGAAAUGCUUGCAGGGACAGAGUGGGAUCGUGGAGGAGUUCUUCCUGAGGCAUACAGGCCAGCAGCUGGAGGUGGGGGACUUCAGAGCGCAACGCCAGGGCAUUGAUUUUCCCAAGUUUUUGCAGUGCUUCUGCAAAGCUUACACCUUCUCAAUGACUCCUCUAGCUUUGAGCUUGAAGCUUCCCGACAAACUUCCGGUACAGGGCGGCGCAGAGGUCGCGACAUUAAACGCCCUCUACGACAGAACCGGCGACUACUCUGGCCUGAAGCUCUCCGUGGCAGAGUGCAAGUCCCUCCUCCAACGACGGGACAUUCAGAUACCACAUGUCACUGAGAAGUCGGAUCUACUCCGCGCUCUUCACGAGACGAACCCGCACGUUCCAGGAGCCCAAAGUGGCACGGCGCGGAUUCCGAGCAAGUGGAAGCGAUGCUACAUCUAUGCAGAGCUGGACAGCAAAAGACAGCACAUCGCCGAGGCAGAGGUGGCACACUUCCGCUGGCGGCUGGUUUACCACGGCCGGCCAUCUUCCAUGGGCCUGAGACAUUUCCAGAAGAACGGUAUCUUCGUGUCCCCACACUUUGGGGAGACGAGGUGGUCCUUACUCCAUGGCGGCCGAUUUUUCGAGAUGCAGGGCAUCGACCCGCUCCAGGUGAGCAGAAACUCUGACAACUGGGGCUGGGUCAUCGGUGCCGAGACCAGCACGGAAUACCACUCGGCCGAAGUUGAACAGGAUCUUUAA